GGCCGCGUGUCAGCUCCGGGGCAGCCGCUCUACCGGGGCGACGACGGGCGGGGGGAAGGGAACCAGUGGCGAGCGGCAAGUCCUGCCGGCCCGGCUCCGGGUGAGCGAAUACCUUGCUGUCCAAUCAGGAAAACCCCUGUUGAGAAAGACGUCGGCUUUAGCUAAUCAGUGCUUGCAGUCUUCCAGAAGGCGGAACUUGGCAGGGGGGGUGGGACUUCCUGUUUCAAAUAAACACCUAGAGGUUUCCCCCUCCGCCCACCGAAGUGUGUCCCUCUCCGGAGUCCGAGGUUAUGCGUCUCAAUGAUCCCGCGGAAACGCUACGGGUCUAAGAACACGGAUCAGGGUGUCUACCUGGGUCUCUCAAAGACACAGGUCCUGUCCCCUGCAACUGCUGGCAGUAGCAGCAGCGACAUCGCCCCUCUGCCCCCCUCAGUGGCCCUGGUCCCUCCCACUCCGGACACCAUGUCCUGCCGGGAUCGGACCCAGGAGUUCCUGUCUGCCUGCAAGUCACUGCAGAGCCGUCAGAAUGGAAUCCAGCCAAAUAAGCCAGCUUUGCGUGCUGUCCGACAGCGCAGUGAAUUCACCGUCAUGGCCAAGCGUAUUGGGAAAGACCUCAGCAACACAUUUGCCAAACUGGAGAAGCUGACAAUCUUGGCAAAGCGCAAGUCCCUCUUUGAUGAUAAAGCAGUGGAAAUUGAGGAGCUAACAUAUAUCAUCAAACAGGACAUCAAUAGCCUCAACAAACAAAUUGCUCAGCUUCAAGAUUUCGUGAGAGCCAAGGGCAGCCAGAGUGGCCGGCACCUGCAGACCCAUUCCAACACCAUUGUGGUCUCCUUGCAGUCAAAACUGGCUUCCAUGUCCAAUGACUUCAAAUCGGUUUUAGAAGUGAGGACAGAGAACCUGAAGCAGCAGAGGAGCCGGAGGGAACAGUUCUCCCAGGCACCCGUGUCAGCCCUGCCCCUUGCCCCCAACCACCUGGGGGGUGGUGCUGUGGUUUUGGGGGCGGAGUCCCGUGCCUCCAAGGAUGUGGCCAUCGACAUGAUGGACUCUCGGACCAGCCAGCAGCUACAGCUCAUUGAUGAGCAGGAUUCCUACAUCCAGAGUCGCGCAGACACCAUGCAAAACAUUGAGUCUACAAUUGUUGAGCUGGGCUCCAUCUUUCAGCAGUUGGCACACAUGGUUAAGGAACAGGAAGAAACCAUUCAGAGGAUCGACGAGAACGUGCUAGGAGCCCAGCUGGAUGUUGAGGCCGCCCAUUCAGAGAUCCUCAAGUACUUCCAGUCAGUCACCUCCAACCGGUGGCUCAUGGUCAAAAUCUUCCUCAUCCUCAUUGUCUUCUUCAUCAUCUUUGUGGUCUUCCUUGCCUGAACCCUGUUCACUCUGAGGCAGUCCAUGAGGGUUUGGGACCCUCCUAGGAAGGCAGGUGGCCAGUGCUGCCACUGAGCCUGUGCAGGGUACUUGGGAGAAAGGCCCUGCUUUCCUGGAACUGCUAGGAAUGGCCACUGCCCAUGAUCUCCCACUCCUUGUUUCUGGCCACCCUGUCCUCCCCUCAGCACCCUCAGGCCCAUGAAACACACACAGCUCUGAAUUUGGACUCUGCUGUGAAGUGGCUGGAAGAGAGCGGAGGCCAGCUGGGGGUCAGUAGGGGAGGUUGUCUCCACUAGGAAAUUUUUAUAAACCCUCCCCAGCCUCUCCCAAAUGAAACUUUGGCAGCAAGGGGAAAUGAUGCCCUUGCCCACCUCCUGUGAGUGAGGAGAGGAAGCAAAACUGUCCCAGGGACCAACUUUCCCAUCUGGGUUAUAACUUGUGACCUCUUCUUCCUCUCUUCACCAUGUGAGGCAGGGGGCCCUGAGCCCUUCAGCUGCCUGCACAACCCCUGACAUUGGCUGCUGGUGACUCAAUCUGCCAAAUGUGCAGCAGUCCGUUUUCUCCCAAUUACAGCAAGACUGUCAGCCUCA